AUGGCAGCCAGCGCUUCCCACUGGCGCAGCUACCUCGGGGUGAUUGUGUCCCGCGAGAGGCAGCGGCUGGAGCAUUUCCAGCGGGCUGAGGACAUCCUGCUGACCCUGCUGGAGGGCGUCCAUGCCAGAGAGCCCCGCUUCCUUGUGGACUACGCUAGGAACCUGGAAGUCUUUGAGUUCGCUCUCUGCGCCUCCGAGGAUGCUGUCACUGUGGAGGUCCCCCUGCGGAUUGAUGGCGAUGCCCUGCGAGUGCUGACAUGCUGGCACGGGGACACCCCUGACGGGCACCGGCCAGGGCUGGGCACUUGCUGUCUGGCAGUGCCCUCCCUGGGGACUGACCUGGAGGACUGGACCAGCACCGUGGGUGUGAUGGAGCGGGGAGGUGAUGCGGGGUGCCUGGUUCCGGGCAAAGUCCUCCAGCACCUGAAAGAGCUCCUUGUUUCAGCCAUCGUGCGCUGCCAACGCCGCUUCCUGCUUCAGCCAGGUGACCUCAGCGCCGAAGAUCUGCAAAAAGAUGCUAUGGAGCUCUCCCUGCUGAUCCGUGGCGGCUGGGAGACCAUCCGCUUUGAUAUUCUCCCCGGGGUGAGAAACUUUGGGCGGCAGAGCGACAGGGGCUUCCCUGACGGGAGUCUCCGGAAGGCCACGGAAGAGGCUCACUUCGUCCCUGCCUCUCCCCACUGCUGGAGAUCCUCCACUCACCUCCCUGUCCUGAAGCUGCUCCAGGCAGUGGACACACUGAAGGGACCCCGUCUGGACAGCCUUCGCCUGCUCGACCAGCUCCGCAGCCAGGACUGGGGAGGGGAGGGUGGGAAAGGUGGUCUCACCUUCAACCACCUGAAGAUGGUGCUGCUGUGGAGCACAGAGCUCUUCCCCUCCCCGGAGGACUGGCAGGACCUGGAGGGCUCCGUCUACAGGCUGGUGGUGAUCCUCCUCUGCUGCCUGGCCACCCAGCACCUGCCCCACUUCCUGCACCCAGAGGAGAACCUCUUCCAAAAGGAGCCCACAGACCUGGCCUCCCUCUACUGUAAGGUGGAGAGCUUUGCCCGGGACCCCCGACGCUUCCUUCACUUCCAUUUUGGCUUCCCUACGCGCACUGACAGCGGGCAGGCAGACCCUGGCACCCGGGCCCUCUUGCAGCUCCCGGCCAAGGAUGGGUCCUACUGGGACACAGCCUACUUCGACGUCCUCCUCAGCCAGUUCCAGGUGUACCGGAUCCAGGACAGUGCACGCCACUCAGCAAUGUCCCAGCUCCAAUCCAAGAUCCAGCGAGAAAUCCCCCAGCAGAGCUGA